AUGACUGGUCCCUGUCCGGCCUGCUGGCCAGCCCUGCUCCUGGGACUGCUAUCGCCCUGGCUGGCGGGGCGCUGCAUGCCCGUCUUCGCCCAGCAGUACAACGAGACCCUGGAGUGGCGCUGGGAGACUCUCUUCUCGCGCUCCAUGGCCAGGCUCCCCCCCGGGGAAAGGAAUUUGCUCAGCCGGGACGGGGACUAUCUGCUGGGCAUCAAGAGGCUGCGGCGCCUCUACUGCAACGUCGGCAUCGGGUUUCACAUCCAGGUCCUGCCGGACAGCCGGAUCAACGGGAUCCACGAUGAAAAUCGAUACAGUUUGCUGGAAAUUUCUCCAGUGGAACGAGGAGUGGUUAGCCUUUUUGGUGUUAAAAGUGGACUUUUUGUAGCAAUGAACGGCAAAGGCAAACUCUAUGGAUCUAGCCAUUUUGGUGAUGAGUGUAAAUUCAAAGAGAUUCUGCUGCCAAACAACUACAACGCCUAUGAAUCCCAGACCUAUCCUGGGAUGUAUAUGGCCCUGAGCAAAAAUGGAAGAACCAAGAAAGGCAACAAAGUGUCUCCCACCAUGACAGUGACACAUUUUCUUCCCAGGAUUUGAGAAUUAUCCCUUCAGAGCUACCUCAGGGCAGAUGGAAAAGGCAAGGCCCAGCUGGGAGAAUGGAAGAGGGAGGGAGUGAAAUCUAUGGUGCACUUUUCUUUGAGAGUUUUAUGCAAGAGUAGAUGUAACAUAUUUAAAUUAUUGAUGUCUGUAUAUAUUGCUGGAAAAUUAUUUAUAGUUCUGAUGAUUUUUUAAAAAAUUCCUAAAAGAAAAGAAAUGAAAGAAAGAACAACCUUCUACAAAACCAAACCUCCAACCUAAGCUAUUCAUUACACAGUGUAACAGCAGAAGGCUCUUGCAUUGUGGUUUAUUUAAUCUUAUCUUUGUUUUGGGGUAAGUUAUCACAGGUGUGCUGCUAUUAUCACUUUUUAAAUGUGAAAUCUGAUUCCUAUAUGUUUUGCACUGUUCUGUGCAUUGUACAACGUUUGUUAGUGGACAUUAAAUUGUUUUUUUUUAAAGAAACACAUUGUUUUUAACCAGUUAUGACUGCCAGUGAAAGUUUUAGUCAUACAAAAAAGGCUAGACAAAUAUUCCUCGGUUCUGAUGCCAGCUUAUAGGAAUGUACAGCAUCUCUGAUCUCCUUUUUGUGUAGCAUCCUUAGUUCAUAGAAAUGGUAUCAAUUUACUUCUGCUACAGAAACUGCAGCAUUGGUGUAUGCCCUUCAAUGUUCAUUUUAGCUCUGCUACAUUUGAACUCUGAACUUCCCUGCAGUCAAUCCCUCUGGGGCCUGUAGAGCAGAAUCCACCUGACAAAGUAGGAGUAAACCCACUGAAAAUCUCUGGAGCUUGCACGGCAGGAGUUCAUAGUGAAUUGUGCUUAGAUAGAUCCUUUUAAACUUCUAGACUUAAAUUUUCAGCAUUGUGAGAUUGAGGAUUACCAUGUUAGUACAAGGCAACAUUUGGACAUUUUUACUCAUUGUUUAGCUUAGGUAGAGCGUGGUCAUUUUCUUCUUUCAGCCAGUCACACUUGGGAAUAGGUUAUAGUGAAUAGCUUUUGUGUUAAAGACCACAAAACCAUAUUUUAAAUGGAAUGAUAUUACAGGUAGUUCUUGACUGACAACCACAGUUGGCACUGGAACUUCUGUUGCUAAGCAAUGCGACCAUUAAGUGAGCCAUUGUACGACUGCAUCCGAUCUGACAACCUUUUUUUUUGCCAGAGUCAUUAAGUAAAUCACACAUUAAGAAAAUCCAGUUUGACUUUGCUUGAUGAAAGGCAGCUGGGAAGGUCACAUAUGGCAAUCACAUGACCCCAGGAUGCUGCAUCUGCUGUAACUACAUGCUGGUUGUCAAGAACCUGAAUUACGAUCACGUGACUGUUGGGAUGCUGCAAUAUUCAUAAAGGCAGAAACCCAGUUGUAAGUUACAGUUGCCGUUAGAACUUGGAAAGGUUGCCAAACAAAUGGUCCCAAGUCAAGAACUACCAAAUGCACGAUUUUAGUAAUAUUUGAAAAAAUCUCUCCCUUUCGGGCCAGAUUUCCACAUAGUUGUAAGCCACUGUUUUUCAGAAGUGCUACUCAAAUGAGCAUAUUUGGCUCUUCCUUUCAAUGAGUUGGCUAACAAACUAGAUGGUUUCAUCUAUGUUUUUUUUCUUUUUCUUUUUACUGUGCACGUUGAAUCAGGAACUCUCACCUUCUCUGAGUCCUUCUCAGAUAGGAACAAGUCAAAGUUCCUGCUUCACACAUCGCCAUGAACAAACCAUGGACGACCUAUUUUAAUUUUGUUCACCUUCCUUUAAAAUUGGUCAACCAGUCCUUUAACAAUUGUUUCCAUAAAUGUUACACUAUAUCAAAAACCAGCUGAUGAUGCAAUUCUGCAGUACAGGAUCCAAUCACUAGUUGAAGUCAAUCUUUUUGCGGCUGGGGUUGGAGGCAGAUAAACAUAGGUAAAGCUACUAGUUAGCCUUUUAAAAAUGGAGGUUGAUUUUUAGAUAUGAAAAAGUAUGUUAAACCUAUUAGGGGUUUAAUAGAUCUGAUUUAUUUUUGUUUUGCUUUAAAAAAAAGUGGGCAAUCUGAUCAUCGUAAUUCAGUGGUUUCAACCAUGAAGUCUUGGGCUGCAAAAUAGGUGCUUUUCUAUGGUAGAAGUCCUGCCCCGCUAUCAAUGCCUCUGCCAUAAAGGUUCUUGCUGGGACAUGAUUUUUAUAGCCUGUCCCAAUAGCAGUUCACUCCAAAGUAAUAAUAAUGACUUUAAUUAAACAUUUGUACUGUAAAUGGUUUAUAGGUUGUAGUGUUCUCAUUUCAUUCCCUGAAAUAAUGAUGUUUUAAUAUCUACCUCACUCAAUUAUUCUGGAAGCCAGUUUUUUUUUUUUACAAGACCAGCAGGGAAAGGGCGUUCAUUUUUUCUCCUUACCCUGCUUAUAAUUCCAGUGUAUGGGGCGGGCAUCCCAAUACCCCCCCCUUUUUCCAUAUGUAGUCAAAAGAAUUCCAGAUAGUGUUGGUUACAUCCAAUUUGAGCCUUGUCACGUUUGUGCUAUCUUUACCCAGUGAUUUACUUUUAGUAAGGAUAAUCAUGGUGAAAAUAUUUGCAGACAGCUGUCAGGCUGCAGCACUCUAUGCUCAUCCAGUAACCUUAUAUUUUUCUUUAUAUAUUUUGUGAAUGUAAACCAUGUCUUUAAAGCAAAGAAUGAACCAGCAGGUUUAAGAAGGAUGAUGGGGGGAUGGGAAGGAUGAGCAAAAAAGGAGGGUAACUCUUAGGCAAUGUUUAAUGGUUUCUUUUAAUGGAAGUAGGGCUUUGGAAGCUAAUCAUAGGCUUCAUCUAACAGAUAUCUUGGAAACAUUGCCUAGGGAGCUUUGUCACGUUGUAGAAGACAAGUCUCAAAAUCAUAAUGGGAGAUGAAUAUUGGCAUUGGUAAGGGCUUACCACGAAAUGAGGCACUGGAAUUAUUAGGAUAAGUACUCAGCUAUCUGGAGAUUAGAGCCACCAAAACAAUAUUUUGCUGCUAUGCAGGUAGAGUACCUGCCAUGAAGAUUUAGAAAUGAACUCAAUGAUUUUAUCUGAGAAGGGCUACUUUAGACAACAAUCCUUCACCUAUUUCUAUUUAUUUCAAUGGGAUUUCUUUCAGUAUAUCUUUUCCCCCCACCUCACCUACCAAACUUAUUUAGAGCACUCCCAGAUCAGGCACCUGAUUACAGUGUGUUUCGUUCUUUGGCACAACAGAAGAAUAGGAAGCUGACUUAUAUCAAGAUCAACUCUUGUUCUAUCCAGCCUAUUGGCUACCUUGGCUAGCAGUGGAUCUCCUGGAACUGAGAUCUUUCUUGUCAUGAGCUAGAUAGAAUCCUAUUAAGCAGAGCAGACAUGAAGCUAGAACAUUCUACUUAAAAAAAACAGAUGCUCAGUCACUAAACUUACUUUGAUCCCACUUUUAAUGUUCUACUAAAAUAUGUUCCCACAUUUUACCACCCCUUUACAAAUUGGAUGUGUGUGUAUGACUGCUUGGGAGCCAUUUGGGGAGACUGCAAUUACUGAAUGGUGGAAUCAGCCUUUAAGUUUUUAUUUCUGUUAUGAGGAAGUCUGGUCAAGUUCCCCACUCAGGUAAAAAUAUAAUUCAUUAUGAGUAUGGCCUCUGAUCUUUGCUUUGACUCUCGAGACUUGUGAUGUGGCUAUAUUGCCCCCAUCAUAAAAGAGAUAGUUAGACCUAUGACUGGAGAGAGAUAUAUGAAGGGUCAUUUUGAAUACGUAUUAGCAGAGAGAAAACAAGGCUUUGGGGAUGUCAUAUUAAACCAUGGUUUAGUGCAACAUGCAUGAGUAUGCCCAAGGUUCAGACUUUGCUUCUCUUUGGUGCAGUUAAGAAGAACAGUGUAGAAGCAUCUGCUCUUAAACCAUCCAGAGUUCUCUGUGAACUCUGAAUUUGACAGACUCUUGACCAAAGUUCAAUAGCCGAGAUAGGGCUGAGAAAGACUAUAUCUCGACAACAUUUGGAAAGUCCUUUUGAGAAGUGAAGACGGCAAUAGUCAGGGUCAUGAUGCAAAGUAGGAGAGGCUUUGUCAUGCAUAUGGGCCUAGAUAACAUUCCCUAAGUGUUAGAGUAGACUUUUGGAGGGACAGGUGUAUUCAUUUAGUAAAUAAUGCUAACUCUAAUUCAAAGCUUAUAAUAUAGCUUCCAUAUGUUUCCUUCCAUAUGUUUCCUUCCUUAAAAUGAUGGGAAAUUAUAUCACCAAGUUGCAACAGUUGUAGUAAAAGAGGCUUCUGGGAGUCUGUGGGCUGCCAAGUUCCAAUUCAGACAACCAUUUUCUUUGGAUCAUCUCCUAACUCAGGUUUGUUUAAAUUAUUAACAACUGGAUGUUAGUUGUCCUUUAAAUGGUGCGCUGAAGAUCAUUUUUCAAUAGUAGAAGGGAAGAGACAAGAGAGCUAAAUUUUACUUAAUUCAGAUUAUCAUAAUGAAAUGCAAUGAAUAUGAAUUUUUCCAGUUUAACAAUUUACCACAUUAAUCACUACAAUUUCAUAACCAUUUUAGAAGUAUUUAUGGGCCAAACUGCAAGCUUCUAGGGGUCAUAUAUUCUCCUAGUUUUUGGAGUUUUGUAUUUCUGCUCCAAAGCAAAAUUAGGAUGAAUUGGCUUUGAGCUUGGAGUCAGUGGCCUUAAUGACCACAAAUGGUUGAGCAUGUGUCCUUUGAGUCCUUUCUGCAGCCAAGUUGCAAGUAGAAGUGCCUCUAGAAAUGCCUAGAUUGGGUGUUAAAAUGAAACAUUGGCUUAUAUUUAUCAUGCUAAAUGCAGAGAUUACUUGAAUGCACAAGAAUUGCCAUUGUAGAUCUUUAUUUCAUAGGGCAAAUUCUAAGUGACCAUGAUUCUACAUUCAUUAUCAAGUACAAUGCCAAAUUUGAUAUGCUAUGGUUAACUAGUGAGUUAACCAAGCAAAUUUUAAGAUCUAUCCAACUCUUCAAUUAUCCCGAGAAAAUAACUCAUAGCUAGUAUAUUUCAAGAUGUUUUAGCUUUACAGCCUGCAUAUCUUAGAUCAUUUAUAUGCUGCUUUGAAUCAAUAUGCAGCAUUUCUUCAACCAGAAGUAAUAACUCUGGUAAUUACUUGGUGUACUUUGCUUGUAAUAGAAAGGAAAGGGAAGCAAAGCCCGCUUCAUCUUACUGGAGAUUGCUAUUUUUCUAUCCUUUGAUAUUUCUCAGUCUCAGUCUUCUGUUCAAUUUUUAAGUUUAUAUGUAAUUCACUUCAGGAAUUAUUACCCUAAGGUAACUUUUCAUGUAAAUGUAUCCUUUUUCUACAGUAGUGAUAGAAGCCAUAGUAAAUUGUGACCUUCUCUAGGAAAUUCGGUACUGAAGGACUAUAAUCUUAAGGAAUGUUUACCUACUCGGUAAAUUAAGUCAUCAUCAAAAUUCCAAGGCAUGGCAAAAAUGAAUUCAGCUUUCUUUCUUUUUUUAACAUUCCUGUAUUUGAAAAAAAAUGCUACUGUUAUAUACACAUUACUUUAUGAAUGACUUGCAUAUAUUUAUGUACUGUAUUAAUGGAAGACCUGGGAGAAUAAAGUUAAUCAGCAGUGCUAAUGAGAGUGAGGCCAGAAUUUAGGAAUAUGAAUUCCCCUUUUUGGGAAGUUUCAUCAUUACAAACGUCUAUGAAUUUGGAUCUGGAUACAAAUGGGAAUCGUCCAUUUCUGCUGCUAGCCAAUAGAAGUAUGCUGGAAACACUCAAUAUUGAGUUCAAUAGAAAAGUGUGGAACCUGAAAUGGACUCUUCACUAGAAGCGUUCCCAAAAUGGCUACUUGAAACUUGAAAAAAGGGUCAGUUUAAGGCCUGAAUACUUCUGAUGAAGUUGGAACAGUGUGGUUCAAGUUUGAUCCUGGUUGUUUUAAUUUCAGAAUAGUUUGAACUCAAGAUGGUUUGCAUAUUUCUACAGUACUUUCUCCCAGUGUCUUAUUAUCUUUCAGGCAAAGGCCUUGCUCUUUUUGAGUAUGAGCAACCCACAGCAGAGACAGAAGAGACAGAAAUGAAUCUCAUGACCAUGUUCAAAAACAUUAUUUUGAAUUAAAUAUGAUGUGUACAACUGGCUUUUCCUGGUCUUUAUUAAGUUCAUCAUUAAGUCCAUUAUGUAAUAUUUUACUUGAAAAGUGGAGAGACUGGGUAAGAAAAGAACUUUCCCCAUUCCAUUUCUUCUUCUUUUGAGUUUUUGAGUAUUCAAAGAAAGCUUAGGAGAAAAAUGAACCAAUUCCAAGGGAUAAGCACAAUCAUCCAUCAUAAGAUGUGAUGAGAGAACAGCAGGACCUGAUCAGCUGUUGUUCAUGCAAACAUAAGUAAAAUAAGUGCAUCCAAUCCAGUCUUAAAUAAAUGAACUCAAGACAGAGGAAUGCUAGAACAUUUCUGUGCAGUGUGGGAUAUCUCUGUAUCUUUUCUUUUAUUCUCUCUCAUUCUUUCUCUCCCUUUUUUAAUGUGUGGAUACUUAUAUGCACAAUGCAUACAUCUGAAUACCCCAAAUAUUUCUAGGUUUCCGUAAUAAUUGAUACAGCUCACAGGUGCAUUUUUAAUCACACUUGUUUUCCUUUCAGUUGCCAAAUGACGAACUCAUCCUUAAUGUGGUCAGAGGUGAUUUAUAUUGUAAUGUUCAGAUAACAUUGUAAAAUUUUUAUAUCAAUGUUAUGAGAUUUCAUCAUUUACCAAAUCUGUCUGUAGUUUUAUACAGGUGUUGUUUA